AAUUGUAUGAUUUUAGAGGGAGAUGUGUCUGGGGUGAUAUCAGGCCUCUUGAUCUCACUGAAGCCUCUUGGUCUGCUGCGAUGGGGAAGCAGGCAGCUACACCCGAAGCUGUCCGCAGCUCCCCCCAUCCUCUGUCAGACUGUACAAAUUACAUUUCUCUCCAGUUCUUACCACUGUAAUUCCCAACUUGCUUCUUUUGAGUGUCAUGUCAUACACAGCAGCAGCGUGCACACAUAGAGUCUGAUUCUGGUUAAAGGAUUUAACAACUAUAAAGAAUGAGGUGAGAACCCCAAAAAAUCUAACCAAGGGUGCUGUUGCCACCAAUGAUGAUCCUCUGAAUCCUCAUGAUAGACUGACUGCAUCAGGACCACCCGCAUACUGCGGGGUGAAGCUGACCAGGCUGAAAGGAUGCUCUUGACAGGAGGCUUGAAAUCUCUCCUUCCGCAUGUACUAAGAAGAAUGAUUCGUUGCAACAGACUCAGUAUCAGUAAUACUUCUGGAAUGGCAGAAGGCUAUAAACAAGCUAACAUUGUGAUUUUGCACAAGUCCCUGGCUGAUGACUUUGAGAAGUUCUGUCACGCAAACAAUGGACCUCUGCCAUUGCUGUACAGAAGCAAACCAGGUGACUGGAAAUGUCCUUCUCUGAGUAGUGAUUCUGAUAUCAGAACUGACUGCCCACAGUACAGAGUGUAUGAGCAUGGAGCCUUCACUAGAUCUGUAAAAAGUCUAAAGGAAUACUCUGAACAACUUAAGGACAUGGUGACUUUCUAUUUAGGCUGCAGCUUUUCUUUUGAAAAAGCAAUCCAGAAUGCUGACAUUCCUGUAAGAAAUGUUGAACAAGAAUGUAAUGUAAGCAUGUAUAAGACAGCUGUGCCAUGCUACAGUAUUUCUACUUUUUGCUGCAACCUAGUAGUCACAAUGAGACCUAUUCCUGAAAGCAAAUUGGAAGCAGCUGUCCUAGCAACAUCAGAACUAAAAGAAGCUCAUGGAGCACCAAUUCACAUAGGUGACCCUGGUCUGUUGGGAAUACAAGAUCUUUCCAAACCAGAUUAUGGAGAUCCAGUUCACCUUCACCCUGGUGAUAUUCCGAUGUUUUGGGCCUGUGGUGUAACAGGAGUAGAAGCAGUCAUCAACUGCAGAUCUCCAUUAGCUUUUACUCAUUCUCCUGGCUGUAUGUUCAUCACUGACCUAAAGAAUGACAGUGUUACAGUCGGGUCCUCAAGAGAAGUCCCACAAGUCCACUGCAUUUCGCAAGAUCCUUUACAUUAUAGUAUGGUGUCAGCAGAAGCGGCACAAAAGAUAAAGAAUCUGGAGAACCUAAUUGGAAUAGACCCAGGAGAUCGGGGUAUAAUUCAUUUACACCGCCCGGACGAGCUGCUGAAGGCUUGCCUGACCAUCUCCCAUGCUCGGUCGGUGUUGGUAACAACUGGAUUUCCUACCCACUUCUCUUACGAGCCACCAGAAGAGAAUGAUGGGCCCCCUGGAGCCCUCGCUAUCGCGGCCAUGCUGCAGGCCUUGGAGAAAGAUGUUGCCAUAGUAACAGAACAGAGAGCCAUGGAUCUGAAUAAAAAGAUUAUUGACGAUGCUGUUCAACUAGGAAUCCUGAAGAGACCUGUCCCUCUUCUGAGUUAUCAAAGGGAAAAUGCUGAUUCAGCUUUGAUGUUUUUAUGUGAGAAUGGGAAUCCCGGAAGACCUAGAUUUGAUCACCUGAUAGCAAUAGAGCGUGCUGGAAUGGCUGCUGAUGGCAAUUACUACAAUGCCAGGAAAGUUAAUAUUAAACAUCUAGUGGAUCCCAUAGAUGAAAUAUUUUUAGCUGCACAAACCAUUCCAGGAGUCACAACAACAGGUGUUGGAGAUGGAGGAAAUGAAUUAGGAAUGGGCAAAGUAAAAGAAGCUGUAAAGAAGCACAUAAAAAAUGGAGAUACUAUAGCCUGUGAUGUUGAAGCUGACUUUACUGUUGUAGCUGGUGUCUCUAACUGGGGAGGCUAUGCCAUUGCAUGUGCUUUGUAUAUUCUCAGCACCUGUGAAAUACAUGAUCGCUACCUGAGGAAAGCUGUGGGGUUUCCACAAUUACUGAAGAGGAAGAUCUGGCUAUCUGCACUUCCAUCAGUUACAAAGGAAGAAAAGCUUCUGAAAGCACUUGUGCAGCACGGGAUCCGCAGUGGAAAAACUGCCAGUCUAGAAAUGGAAGUGGACGGGCUGCCCUUCUACGACACCCACUCGCUUAUGAUUGAGAAGCUGCUGCAGGAGGUGCAGCAGUAACUGCCCUGUAAGAUUUCCAGAUCAGGAGUUGCUCCUAUUUUCUUAUUUCCUAGGCUCUUACAACGUAAAAAAGAUCAGAAAAAGAUGAGUCUCUGUCUAUUUAGUACUGGACUUUUUAUCUCUGGUGUCUUGCCCAUGCACAACCUGUUAUUACUGCCCUUAUAAUGUUUUGGUGAAGCCGGAAGGAGAUAUCAUGAUGAUUUGGUCUACCUUUCUUUUCUGUAAUUUCAUAAUGGAUAUUAAAUGAUAUUAUGUACUAGGAGGUGAUCUGGCUUUUACGAAGAAAACUUCUCAUUAAAAUGAAACAUGAUUGCA